AGAAAACCAAACCACUGAAUCCUUACAGUGGGACGAUGAAAGCAAUGAAGUCAAAGGUUUCCAACAGUACAGUGUUGAUGGGGAAGACUUCAUCUCUGUGGACCUGUAGACCGAGACAUGGAUUGCUCCAAAAACACAAGGUGUUGGGAUAAAACAUUUAUGGGAUGCAGACAAAGAGAGAUUAAAGCACUUUAAAAUCUAUCACAUAUCAUCAUGUCCUGAAUUGCUUAAGGAACACAUGCACUAUGGGAGGAGUUUUCUGCAGAGAACAGAGCGUCCUUCAGUAUCUUUUCUCCAGAAGACUCCCUCCUCUCCGGUCUGCUGCCAUGCCACUGGCUUUUAUCCUGACAGAGCUGAUCUGUUCUGGAGGAAAGAUGGAGAGGAGAUUCAUGAGGGUGUGGAGAAGGGACAGAUCCUACCUAACCAUGAUGGAACCUUCCAGAUGAGCUCAGAGCUGAACGUUUCAUUGAUCAAACAUGAGGACUGGAGGAGGUAUGACUGUGUGUUCCAGCUCUCUGGACUAACAGAAGACAUCGUCUCCAUGCUGGACAAAACACAGAUUCAGACAAACUGGGUUUCUCCUUCAGAGUUUCCAGUUGGUCCUGUUGUUGGAGGAGCAGCUGGAGUGGUUCUGCUCCUGGUGAUCAGUGGAGUCCUCUACUGCUGUUGGAGAAACAGAAAUGACUUCCAGCCUGUUGAUGGUAAUUGUUGACCAUUUAGACCAGGGGGGUCCAAAUCCAGAAACCUUGCCUUGUCUGAUGCUGUUUAUCUGGAUCAGGUGUGUUUAAGAAUUUUCUAUGGUAGGUCGUAAACAUGUACAGUAGGACACUGGCGCUUGAGGCCUGGAUUUGGACAUCCGUGUUUUAGAUCUUUAUUUUUUCUUGUUUUGGGAUACUAUAAGAUGUGCAGAAGGUUCAGGAAGACUCGAAAUACAACACAAUGACCAACCACAUCAAUGGCUGCCUCAACCACAUCAAUGGCUGCCUGGAGUGCGGGGCGGUUCUCCCUUGGGGGGUUCUGGCUAGUACCUGGGGUUGGGGCUGGGGGAUGCCCAGAACUCCUGGGUGGUGAUGAGGUGCUUGUCUGGGGCUGUGGGCACUCUUCUGCGGGGCCCCACAUUGGGCCCUCCUGGCAUGGCAGGGGGGCUGCUUUCCGGAUUGGGCCACAUCUGCACUCUCUGUCCCCCCAUUCCUCUC